GAGGGUGGCGAUCUGCUCAAGUCGGGCUUCAGUUUUCCAGGGACGCCAGAGGAGGAGCUAGACCAGCAGUACUCAUGGUCGCCUUCUCAGCACUUCAAUGAAGAAAGAUACUCUCCUGCUUCGAGGAAUAUGAAAGGAUUAUCUGGUAGUCGCAACCAACCACAGUUAUGUUCAGCUCAUACUUGUGGCUUAGCAUCCCCUGAAGAUUGUGAACACACCCACGACCAUAUCCACCAUGGGCAGGAACCAAGGCAAUCGUAUCUUCUCAGCCCCACGGAGAGUUGCCCGAUGGACCACCAUCGUUGCUCACCACGCAGCUCCAUUCAUUCUGAAUGCAUGAUGAUGCCCAUGGUAAUGGGCGAUCACAUGUCAAGUAGCACUUUCCCCAGAAUGCACUACAGCUCACAUUACGACUCAAGAGACGACUGCGCCAUGUCUCACGGUAACCCUAAGAUUAACCGUAUUCCUGCAAAUCUUUUGGACCAAUUUGAGAAACAACUUCCUCUUCAUCGGGAUGGGUUUCACACUUUACAGUACCAGAGGACCUCAACAGCUGCGGAACAACGCAGUGAGAGCCCAGGAAGAAUACGCCAUCUCGUUCAUUCAGUCCAGAAACUUUUUACUAAAUCUCAUUCUCUGGAAGGAUCAUCCAAGGGCAACGUUAAUGGAACAAAGGGAGACAGUCGAGGUGACGAUCAUCAUCAUGGGCACCAUUCCAAGCAUAGCAAAAGGAGUAAAAGUAAGGAGAGAAAACCAGAAAGCAAACAUAAAUCUGGAAUGAGCAGCUGGUGGAGCUCUGAUGAUAAUUUGGACAGUGAUAGCACUUACCGAACACCUAGUGUGGUAAAUCGGCACCAUGCAGAUCAUAUAUCCCAUUGCUACCCUGAGGCACUCCAGGGGCAUUUUGGGGAUCUCUCAUUGAAGACUUCCAAAAGUAACAAUGACGUGAAAUGUUCGGCUUGUGAAGGGCUAGCAAUGACCCCUGAUGGUAAAUAUAUGAAAAGGAGUUCUUGGUCCACGCUGACAGUAAGUCAGGCUAAAGAAGCUUAUCGCAAAUCAUCACUGAACUUAGAUAAGCCUUUGGUUCAUCAGGAAAUCAAACCUUCCUUGAGGCCAUGCCAUUACCUUCAGGUACCUCAGGAUGAAUGGGGAGGAUACCCAGCUGGUGGGAAAGACGAAGAGAUCCCCUGCAGAAGAAUGAGAAGUGGGAGCUAUAUUAAGGCCAUGGGAGAUGAAGAAAGUGGAGACUCUGAUACUAGCCCCAAGACAUCACCAAAAUUAACGGUUCGACCAGAGUCAUUAUUAAAAUCCAUUGGACAAAGACCACUGGGAGAUCAUCAAAAUCAGAGCUACCUUCAAACUGCAAGUGACGUGCCUGGGGGUCACAACCUGGAUCCCUCUGCAAACUACAAUUCCCCAAAGUUUCGCUCAAGGAAUCAGAGCUAUAUGAGAGCAGUGAGCACCCUCAGUCAGGCCAGCUGUGUUAGUCAGAUGAGUGAAGCAGAGGUUAAUGGGCAAUUUGAAUCGGUGUGUGAAUCAGUGUUUAGUGAAGUUGAAGCUCAGGCAAUGGAUGCCCUUGACCUCCCUGGAUGUUUCCGAACAAGAAGCCACAGUUACUUGCGUGCCAUUCAGGCAGGCUAUUCCCAAGAUGAUGAAUGUAUACCUGCGAUGGCAUCUUCCAACAUCACCUCGACUAUCAGGUCAACCACAG